AUAAUAGGUGCGUUCGGUUAUAACAUAUCUGUUAGCUCGAUUCCAUCUGUUAGCUCGGAGAGCGUUCGAUAAAUCAGAUCUACUUCCUCUGUCUAAUCUGCUCCGUGUUCGUUAAUUGUCAGAGCGAGUUGAAAGAUGUAAUCUGUUUGCUCCGUCUUGAGGAGCAGAUCAUACGGAUUUGAUCGGUUAUUCGGUUGUCAGUUGUCAACAAAUCAAUGUCAACAACAUGUUUUUGAAAUUAUAUAUCUUUUUUGUGUCGAAAAAGUAAAUCAAAUGAUCAACUGGAAACGAAAUACGAAACUGAAUUUUGUAGAAUCCUCCUUGCCCAGAAUCGCCAGAAUGACCGACGAAGUUGCAGUAGGUAGCAUAUUAUACAUAUGUAAUAUAUGCGAUCACAACUGCCCUGAUCCACAGUUAAUGACCGAUCAUAUGAGACAGAAUCAUUCCUUCCCUACUGAAAGUGAUGCACUGAAUGCAGUUACUGCAUAUAUGGUUCAGGAGGCGUCAGAAUCCAGUGCAUCAACUUUCACACCUUCCACAUCGUCCACAGUGAAUACUGAAAAUAAACUGUGGCCUAGAGAGGCAACCCUUGGCCUCAUAAGGCUGGUAGAGGAAUAUGAUGGUCAGUUUCAAAAGUCUGUAAAAAAACAUGUUUGGACUAAGAUUUCUACCAUACUGAACUCAAAAAUGGCCAUUGGUGUAUCAUGGCAACAGUGUGAUACCAAGUGGAAGUCUUUGAAAAAAACCUACAAAGAUGUUAAGGACCACAACUCCACAUCUGGGAAAAAUAGAAGAAAAUGGGAAUUUUAUGAUGAGAUGCACAAAAUAUUGUUCAACAAACCUGAAAUUAGUGCACCAGCCACCUGCAGUAGUCAUGCUGGGUUAAUUACAGAUCAACAAUCUGAGCCCACAUCUCCUUGUUCUGCUCCAAACAAGGAAAACAUGAGUGAAUCAACCCCCUCAACUUCUAGUGAAACUUUUGAGUCAAAUUUUAUUAGAAAAAGAAAAAUUGCAGCCAAUGCUGUAGAACGCCGCCAUAGAGAAAAAAUGCAGCGUCAGGACAGAUUCCUUGAUAGCUUUGAGGAUUUUGUAAAAACAUACAAGAGCAAAAAUUGAAUAGACUGCUCAGUGAUUCAUUUCAAUACAGUGACUACGAAAUCUUGUCAGACACUAUAUUAUGAGUUCAAUAUUGAC